AUGGAGAUCCCUGACCAGACCAAUCCCUGCGCGAUCUGUCUCGCUGGCAUGGACGCCGGCGGUGGUCACGCCAUCUUCACGACGGAGUGCUCCCACACGUUCCACUUCAGCUGCAUCUCCGCCAGCGUCUGCCCGCUCUGCAAUGCGCCGCGGCGCGGCCUACCGUUCAUACGACCCACACCACCUCCACCUCCGCCGCCUCCGCCGGUGCGGCCGCAGCCAGAGACUCAUCCCGUUCCCUUCCGCCCGUGCAUCAUCCCUCUGCGGCAGUCACCUCCCGUGCAUUUCAUGCACGGUCGGCCACCGCCGCCGGCACCGCGACCGACAUACUCGUGGCCACGCAUUCCCACGCAGCAGCGACAGCCGCCGCCACGGCCCGUGCAUUUCGUGCACGGUCAGCCACCGAAGGCUCAGCCACAAUGCAGCUUCGACGACGACGAGCAGGUUGGUCCCGCCUCUGGGCCGCCAGCUGGCAACCGGUCACCAGCCGCUGCAUCAAACGAAGCAGUUGUCGUCAAGACGCGCAGCGAGUACCCGGCCAUCGCCAGGGAUUUGUCCAGCGACAACUUCGCCGUGCUCAUCCACGUCCAUGCUCCUGGGAUGACCGACAUCACGGCAGCCGGUGGCGACGCGCCGCGCGCUCCGGUGGACCUUGUGACGGUUCUCGAUGUCAGUCACAGUAUGAGCGGGCAAAAGUUGACGCUGUUGAAGCAGGCCAUGCGGUUCGUCAUCGCCAAUCUCGGCGCCGACGACCGCCUCUCCGUCGUGUCCUUCAACACGAAGGCGCGCCGGGUGACCAGGCUCAUGCGCAUGUCAGAGGUCGGGAAGGCCCUGUCCGUGAGCGCUGUGGAGUCCCUCACGGCGGGGGGCUGCACCGACAUCGCCGAGGGGCUCCGCAUGGCGGCCAUGGUACUUGACCAGCGCCGGCACAGGAACGCCGUCUCGAGCGUCAUGCUCCUCUCUGAUGGCCAGGACAACUACAUCAUGAUGAGGCACCAGGAGCCGUCCGGCGUCCAGGCCAACGACUACGAGGACCUCGUCCCGCCCACCUUCGCGCACACGGGCGCUGACGGCGAAUGGUCAGCACCGAUCCACACCUUCGGCUUCGGCAAUGACCAUGACGCGACCGCGAUGCACGUCAUCGCCGAGGCUACAGGCGGCACAUUCUCUUUCGUCGAGAACGAGGCGGUGAUCCAGGACGCGUUUGCACAAUGCAUUGGCGGGCUGCUCUCCGUCGUGGUCCAGGAGGCUCACAUCGCCGUCGCGUGCGUGCACCCCAGGGUCCGUGUCAUGUCGGUCAAGUCUGGCAGUUACGAGAGCCGCAUCGGCGAGGACGGCCGCGCCGCCACGGUCUGGGUCGGGGAACUAUACGCUGAUGAGGAGAGGCGUUUCUUGCUGAUCCUGACCGUGCCAAGAGCCGAAGCGACAGACGGUGACACCACCGCUCUGUUGAAUGUGUCAUUCAGCUGCAGGGACGCGGCGACCGGCAUGGACGUGAACGUGUCGGCCAAGGAUACACUGGUGGCGAGGCCGGAGCACGCCGCAGACGCGAAGCGGUCGGUGGAGGUUGAGCGGGAGCGCGUUCGGGUGGAUGCGGCGGAGGACAUCGCGGCGGCGAGGGCGGCAGCGGAGCGGGGCGAGCACCAGGAGGCGGUGGCGAUACUCAAGAACCGGCAGCGUGCAGUGCAGAUGUCAAAGGCGGCAAGCGAUGGCGACCCCGUGACCAUGGCGCUGGAGGCCGAGCUACAGGAGAUGCGCGGGCGCGUGUCAAACCGGCAAAGCUACGCGCUGUCUGGUCGGGCGUACAUGCUCGCCGGCAUCAGCGCGCACCAGCACCAACGCGCUACCUCGAGGCAGAUGAAUCUGGUGGAGGAGAUGCCGGUGGAAGCUAUGGCCGCACCGGCGACGGCGCCGCCAGUGAAGUUGGGAUCGAACGAGGCGACAUUGUCGUACGCGACGCCGGCUAUGCGCGCCAUGCUGCUGCGCUCGCGUAGGGCACGGGAGGCAUCAGCCGAGCAAGGACAGCAACUAGAAGCUGAAGAAGAAUACACAGGAAGCUUUGAACACGGUCAGCCAACGCCACAAUUGACAUCGGCGUGUCCCCGCUUGCCCACGCAGCUACGUCCGCCACCUCCGCCGCCACCGCUGCCACCUGUGCGUAUCAGGCAUGCUCAGCCGUCUACGAUUGUCUUUGACGACGACGAGCAUGGUGGUCCGGCCUCUGGGCCGCCAGCUGACAACCGGUCACCAGCCGCCGCGUCGAACGAAGAAGUUGUCAUCAAGAUGCAGAGCCAAGAGCUGAAGCAACAGACGGCGACACCGCUACUCUGGUGA